AUGGCUGCACCAGCCUCAGCUCGGAAGGUUGACCCGGUAGCCAAGUCCGGGAGUUCAGCCGCAGUGACGAGUACUUCAACCUCAGCGUUGCCACCCUUGUUGCAGCCAACGCGAGUGUCCCUGCUGCAGCGUGGCCAGAACCGCGAGUACUUCCUCGUCCAGCAGUCCAUCGCUCAGUCGCACAGUACCAAAGGCGGAGGAGGUCGUGGUCGUGGUCUGCUUCGUCGCACGAGUUCCAGACACCUCUCAGCUACGGCGUUCACGAGGUCGACGAGGGAUGUGCUGGCGGCAAGUGACGACCACCUCGAGGAUCUCCUCAAGGGCAUCGCGGCCUCGAUCAAUUCACCCGAGCAUCUUCCACGAGGUGAGAAGAACGUGUUGAUCCUCCAGGCAGCUCUGGGGCUGUGGAUGCGGCGUCAUGAAGCCCGAGGAUUCCGUCGAUGGAAGGAGAGCACUCUACACCGAGUCGACUUGCAGGCGUUGAUCGCAGCGGGCGUCGACGUGAACGAAGAAGCUCGGCAAUUGUUACUUGCAGCCGAAACCAAGCGCCGAUUGCUGGCCAACGAGCGGAAAGCUCCCCUCAAUGGCGACGACAAGUGGAUGGCGGCCAACUUCUCGUACGCCGAGUUGGAUUUGCUGCUCGCUUGGGCUCGGCACACGCAGCCGAAAACUUGUCGAGGCGUUGCCGACAACACUCUGCGUGAGGCGCUCCGGUACUUGCGCUUCAGUCAGUAUCAGGACGGUGAGGCCAUCUUCUACCAAGGCGACAAAGGCGACGUGUUCUACCUCGUCCUCGACGGCAGUGUCGGCAUCUACGGCGCCAAGCGCACCCAGCAGACAGAUAAACAGAGGCGGAAGCAGAGUAUCCUCACCGCCGUCGCCCCAAAAACCCGAGCCGGCGUCCCCACCCGUGAAAAGCCCGACAUGAACCUCAUGGGUCCGAGGAUGUUCACGUAUCGAGCGGGCGAGAGUUUCGGCGAGACUGCGAUGUUCACGAAUGCUGCGGUGCGUACGGCCACGGCGAUCGCGUUCGAUGACCCAAGUUCAGGUUCCACUGCGGGUUCCGUCUGUGAACUUGGUGAGAUCUCCCGAGCGGCGUAUUCACGGACUUUGAAAAGGUUUCACCAGCAUUUCUUCACUCAGGCGCAGCGGGUGAACUUCACUCAGCGAGUGUUCCUCUUCAAGGACUGGCCUCGAGCUCGAGUAGUGGAGGUGGCUGAAGUGCUGGAGCUCCGUCGAAUCAACUUCGGCAGCGUGCUUGUCACUGAAGGGGUCACUCCGCUCUCACACUGUUUCUUCGUCCUUAGCGGGAUGGUGAAUAUCACCACCCAGAUCGAGAUUGACACGCACGCGGAAGACGCACUCUCGACAGCCCAGAAGGCUGCAGCUCUGAAGAAAGCUAGACGUCGAGCUCAGUUCACCAUCGAGCUGCACACCGCUCGGGUGGGUGAAAUCGUAGCGCUGGAGGCUCUUCUUGAACCGGAAGACUCGACUGCACGAGUAACCUACACAGCAGUCGGGGGAUCAGCUGAUGUCGAAGUGUACGCGUUAAAACGCUCCGACGGGCGAGCUUUCCUUGCGAGCGGCGCACUCAACGUAGCACACCAAGUGCAGAUGAUGUGUGCGUCUGAACGUGCUCAUCGCGAGGAGCGAACUGAAGCUUCCAGGCGAGCGCUCACCGAUCGUGAAGCCAUUAACCGAAAACAUCGACUUGAACUGGAAAACGAAGCCUUUGAACUCGGUCUCACAGAUCAGCAACAGCGCCAACGCCAGAAGCAGCAGGAGCUGGAGGAUCUCGAUAAAAUUUCCUGUCACGAAACCUCACGGGGUCCUGCCGGUCUCCAGCGACCAUUUUUGCCACAUCUCGAUCCCGUCAAACUGCUAGCCGGGGUUGAUGGCACCAAACCUGCGCCUGCCAUCGAUGAAACUUCAUCCCAAUCUCGGCAAUUGAACCGCGAGAUCGAAAUCGACACAUCCCUUGGGGAGGUGGCACAACCCCCCAAAAUGCUCUCAACCCUCGUGAAAAAUUUUGUCGUCCGUGACUGGGAUACCCUUGCAGACGACUACGCCCAGCGACUUACACUUCAGGUUCCGGUGCGCAGCUCCCUCUCCCCGUUGCUGAAUCGUGUCCCCUCUUCGUUGACUUGCAGAUCAGAAGGCAAGGCUUCGACUCAAAUGCACACCGCCCGUCGAAGACUCGCACCCUCGACCAUGUCAGCGAGGUUUCAUGACGAGCGACAAACUCGGGACUCGCACAUGCGGCAGCUCAGCAUGGAUUACGACGCCAAAAUGCAUUGGGACCCGGCCAAGAAGAACUUCGUCCUGUUGCAGACGCUGCCAACAAGCGAAACCAAAAGACAGCCACAGCAGGCACGCGCUUUCGGAUCCUCCGGUGCUUUGACCCCCAGCAAUCCGUCCGGACAAUCUGAAGCAGAAACCACUGGAGACCAGCGCCCGCGCCGGACAAAGUUGCAUUACCAACUACAAACUACACAGAUAUCAGCACGAAAGCUGUCAGAAGAACACAUCCGCAAACAGGACGAGCGCGCCAGUGCCAGCGGCACGGGGCCUCCGAGCGCUUUCGUCCACUUCUUCUGA